CAUCCACGGAGGGAGGUAGUGCGCCGCUCCUUCGAAACACGCCAAUUGAGAUAAUACUAGAAUAUAUUAAUUUAGUGACUCUUUAAAGGUCAAGGUCACGUGACUAGUACCUGACCUUAGUGACCUGACCCCCCCCUUGACCUCCGGAAGUGAUAGAUUUUUCCCACAAUGCCCCACAAACUGCCUUACCACAUCGCGUAUGUUACAAGUGAGGACGAGUGUGGGCGUGCCCGGGACCUCCUCCAGCAGGGCCCAGGAGCCAAGGGAUGGGCGUCAGGGCGUUUUUGCGUGUACCCUCAAGAGAUUAUUUUGAAGUUUCACGAAAGAAGCCAUUUAACAAGGUUGCAGAUAUUAGCUCACCAGCAUCUUAUUUCUGAGAAGAUUGACAUACAUAUUGGUGAAGUAUUGGCAGAUGAGGAGGCGAGCUUAACCGGCGCCUCCUUCAGUCUACUGGGUCACGUCAAGCUUUCUGACAACAAACAUAGCGAUUUUAAGGCCAGAGAACUGAAAUCUGUAUCUCUAGAGUGCUCUGGGGUGUUUCUCAAGCUUGUGCUGCAUAGAAACCACGUCAACAAGUUUAAUCUGUAUAAUCAGGUGGGCGUGGUCGGGGUGAACGUUCUGGGCAAUGAGAUCGAAGACAACAACAACAGCGUGUCUCCUGAUGGCGAUGGGGGGGUCGUGCCCGGCCGAGGGGGGGGCGACGUUCCGUUAUACCACGACCUUGCGUUUUCUAUGUACGUGGAUGGGCGUGUGGCGGCUUCUAUACGGGACCUGGAGGAGAGGAGGCGUGUGGCUGAGGCAGACGGGAGGCACCAGUACUGCACCAGGCUUUGUGAGGCCAUAACACACUUGAGAGCGGCUGGUGAACUAACCCAAACACAUAAAAAACACCAGGAAAACACCUCAAAACACCACAAAAACACUAGACACUAACCCUUAAAAAUACCCCAAAAACUCACUUUGAAA